CUCAGCCAGCAGUGAAGGUGGCUGGAGGAGCCCAGUGCAGUGUGACACAGGCCGGACCCACUGCUCCAGGUUGCCCGGCAGGCUGCCUGCGGAGCUUCACGUAGACUCUUCGUAUUCCGAGCACAGAAGAAGGACAACCAUACCCGCUGCAGCUAACUCAAAAACCCCUCGAUCGUUCCAGCAUUUUUUUUAGCGCUUUACAGGCGCCGCUCGGUUUGUGGUUACUUAAUGGGGCAGCAAGGUAGGCUACCGCGGCUGUCGCCAGCAGCACUGCAACUUUAUUUUCACGGACUAAUGCGACACAUAGACCUUCUAUAACCGCUAUAUCGCUCGUCUUUCAACACAAUGGCGGAUUUUUUAACAUUAACGACACAUUUAACGCGCUUUUAUUUUUAAAAGUCGGAACCGCGCGGACGCCUAACUUCGACCAUCGUUCAGAGGUCGACGUCGACAUUAACCAACAAACAAACACACAGAAAAAAAACAUUGUAUUAUUCUCUUUUAUUUUGGCGUCGCUUGGAUCUACGUAAGGAGGAAAAUGCGUUUUGUUUCGUUUUGGAUGUCUCUUUGGUGUUUCCUUCGCCUCGGAACCACCGGCCAAGAGAAGUCGACCCCGGCUAUUUGUUCCCCCUCAUGCGGCUGCGAUGAAGAUGGAGGUGCGGACUGCUCCAGCAGGGGACUGACCACCGUCCCUAGCGGCCUCAGUGCCUUCACCUACUACCUAGAUCUGAGCAUGAACAACAUCACUGAGCUUCCAGCAAAUGUUUUCAAGAACUUUCCCUAUCUGGAGGAGUUGAGACUUGCAGGGAAUGACUUGUCCCUCAUCCACCCUGAAGCCCUGUCUGGACUGAAUCAGCUCAAAGUCCUGAUGCUCCAGAAUAAUCAACUUAAGACGGUACCUAGCGCUGCACUGAAGAACCUUCAUUUUCUCCAGUCUCUCCGACUAGAUGCAAACCAUAUUACCGCAGUUCCAGAUGACAGUUUUGAGGGUCUUCAGCAACUGCGCCAUCUUUGGUUGGACGACAACAACCUUACAGAAGUCCCUGUCGCUUCUCUGAGGCACCAGGCAAACCUACAGGCACUGACGUUGGCACUUAACCGCAUCUUCUACAUACCAGACAACGCCUUUGCGAACCUCACCAGUCUAGUUGUUCUGCAUCUUCACAACAACAGAAUUAAAGAAAUUGGCAGCAAAUGUUUUACAGGUCUUGUGAACCUAGAAACACUAGAUCUUAACUUCAACAACUUGCUUAUUUUUCCCAAAGCAAUAGAGGCACUCCCCAAGCUAAAAGAAUUGGGGUUUCACAGCAACGAUAUUGCUUCUAUACCUGAUGGAGCUUUCCUAAACAACCCUCUGCUGAAAACAAUACAUUUCUAUGACAACCCUAUGUCCUUUGUGGGUGCUACGGCUUUCCAGAACUUGUCUGACCUCCACUCUUUGAUGCUUAGAGGAGCCGACAUGACGCAUGACUUCCCAGUCCUCACGAGGACCAACAACCUUGAGAGCCUGACGCUGUCAGGAACCAAGAUAUCGGCCCUCCCCGCUGAUUUGUGUGACAAUCUCAAGCUCCUUGAAACACUAGAUUUAUCCUACAAUGAGAUCAAGGAAGUACCAUCCCUUCAGGUCUGCGUCUUACUCCAGGAGAUAAGUUUUCAGCACAACCAUAUAGAGGAAAUUGGCAGAGAUACGUUUCAAGGUCUUACUGCUCUACGUUUACUAGAUCUGAGUAGAAAUAAAAUCCAAUUUAUUCACAGAGAAGCUUUCCUCACCCUUUCUGCACUCACUAAUCUAGAUCUGAGUAUGAACUCGCUGUUUGUGCUUCCAACAAGCGGACUGAGUGCCGUCAGUCAACUGAAACUCUCAGGCAAUCCACACAUGAAAGAUGUGCUGACUGUGAGACAGUUACCCAAACUCAGGUCCAUUUCCGUUCCUUACGCCUACCAGUGCUGUGCAUUUGUUGGAUGCGACUCGUUGACAAGUUUUACUGAGGAUGGGGACUUUAAGAGAUCAUCAGGUGGCGACGAAGUAGAAAGAAUUUCAAUGAUUAUGCAUUGCUCUCCUUCACCUGGAGCUUUUAAGCCUUGCGAGCACCUUCUAGGCAGCUGGAUGAUUCGCCUGACAGUCUGGUUCAUCUGCCUGGUGUCGCUGGUCUUUAACAGUCUGGUGCUGGUUGCCACAUUCCUCCCCUCACGCUGCACCUUAGGCCACACCCACUGGCAGGCCUCAUCCAUCCCACCGGCCAGGUUUCUGAUGGGGCUUCUGGCCCUGGCUAACCUGCUGACAGGCCUGUACGUGGGUGUAUUGACGGUGUUGGACGUCGCCACGUGGGGAACCUUCGCCGCCUUCGGCGUGUGGUGGGAAAUGGGGCCUGGGUGCCAGUUCACCGGCGCCCUGGCUGUCUUCUCAUCAGAAUGGGCUGUUUUUCUGCUCUCCCUGGCCGCAGUGGAGCGUAGCGUGGCCGUGCGGAAUAUACUCGGGAAGGUGAUGAUGUCACCCAGAAGAAGCGGCCUCAGCCGGAGAGGGUGUUGGAGAGGAGAUCGACACUUUGUCCUCGCUGCAGGACUGCUUGGGUUACUUGCUGCGACUGCAGCGUGCCUGCCUCUCCUGACCUUCAGCGACCAUUCUGCCUCCCCACUUUGCCUGCCCUUCGCCGGGGCUGAGAGUCCAGCCUUGAGCGUCACUGUAGUCCUGGUCCUCCUCAACGCAUUGGCUUACUUGUUCACGGCGGCCGUAUACACCGAGCUGUACUGCCACCUUGGCAGGGUACAACUGGUCGACCCAGAGCAGACAGGUGCUCUGCGUCAUGUCGCGUGGCUCAUUUUCACCAACUGCAUCUUCUUCUGUCCCGUGGCCGCUUUCUCCUUCGCACCCCUCUUGACAGGAUCUACCGCCGGCAGCCCGGAGAUCGCAAAGUCGGUCAUUCUCAUUUUCUUCCCUCUGCCCGCAUGCGUCAACCCGGUUCUCUACGUUCUCUUCAGUCCGGCCUUCAGGGAGGACUGGCUACGGCUGCGCAGCUGCGGACGUUUGGCCAGGGAGGCGAAAUCUGGCAGCGAAAGUCACAGAGACAACGAUGCCGCGGGGUCGGAGCUCACGGAUUGCGGCUCCUCGGCUCAUUUAGGCUUCGGCUGUGGCGUUUACUCUCAGCUCUGUGGAGAGACGGUUGCGUGUGAAAAGUGCGAGGCGGCUUUGCAUGCCAAGACCUGCUCUUGCACCUCGUCCCCCACGGCCUGCAGACACUUGGUGAAGUCUCGCAGCUGUCCCACCCUGCCGACGGGAGCGGGCCCCUGCCAGCGUGCUGAGGGAUUCUGGGCAGAUAGCGUGACGCCGUCCGCUCAGUCCGAGUACGCCGAUGAGGGGGACUCGUUUGUUUCUGACAGCUCCGACCAAGUUCAGGCGUGCGGCAGAGCCUGCUUCUGUCAGAGCAGAGGCCUCCCUCUGGUACACUACUCGUACAGUAUACCUCCAGGCAAAGACUAGCACCGCCUUAAGAGUACAGAAACGGAAGGAAUGUGCCAACGACCCUGGUGAAAGAUUACAGCAAGCACUUAGGUUGGUUUUGACCGUGUGAACAGACUCAUUUAAAGGGAACUUAAAUCAUGUGGAGGAGAAAAUGGUGUUGCCUGGUGUGCCUGCCCUAUGCCUUGGAUAGGCCCUAAUGCCUCCUUCACUUUUUGUACGCUUUUUCAUGUAGUUUGAAUUAUUCUAAGCCUGUCAAAUGUUUAAAUCUCCUCUACAGCAACUGUUAAUUUUAUACCUGGGUAUAUAUUUUUUUUACAUAAAUGUAGCAAAUGUAAUCAUUGUAGAGUUUGAAUGUAUGAGUCAGGUGGUGUUCACCUCCCACAGGGAAAUGUAUGGUCUUUGUGACUGUGGUCUAACGCUAUUUCUACCAAACGCUUGUGUUAAGUCGCCAAGACUAAGAAUGUGAUCCGACAUCACUGGUGUUUCGUCAUGAGUGUGCCGGUGUUAUUUAUUGUUUGAACGGCAGCCAUGUUUGGAUGGAGGUUUGAAAUAUGAGCUUUUUCAUUAAUAUACACUGUCAGACUGUUCCCUACAGUACAUGAACUGGUACAUGUAAAUAUAGUUUCAUUUUUCCCCUAAUUAUUUGCCUAUUAGGAAAUAAGAUGGUUUCAAGUGGGGAUGCAAUGUUCUGUUGCCAGGGUCAGGUUUCUUUUAAGUAGGACAAGGUGCCAUUGUUCCCCUGAGCAAUAUGCGCUUCUAUGAACAUGUAAUUUUUAACUCCGCUUUGCACUUAAAAAAAACAUUUUGUAAACAUUUUGUCUUUAGAAAGGAAAGCUACUUUUUACGGUAAUUACAGUUUGGCGACACAUUGAGUUGAAUAUUUGUCAUCAAAUACAGUGGUUCCACGGCUUACGAGUUUAAUUGGUUACAGGGCUGCUCUAGGCUGAGUUUUAUUUUAAGCCUCAACACCUUCCAAAAAAUGUUUUCACCAUUUUCAUUCAUGUCUAACAAUUUUAUUUUUUAGAUCAAAUUGUAUUUGAUGCAUGUUAUGUACAAUACUAAAACAAACUAAUUGGAAAUACAUUGUACAAUAGUUGACGUUUUUAGUGAAAAAUAACAAAUUUGAUACCUGUAUGACAAAUAUAACAUUUGCCAUUAUAUUCCUAUCAAUGGCUGAGCAGGAAGAGGCUACGAAUACGUAAGAUUUCACAUUAAGCACACUUUCAUUCAGCAAUUUACAUUUUACUUGCGCUUCUCCAAGCAAAACAAUUUACGCACAGCAGCACAGUUUUACUUACAGUGAAGAGCGGCUUGUUACCAAAAAUACCUGCAUGUCAAACAGGGUGUCCGUGGGUCAUUAAAAGUCAUUAAAUGUUAGUUUUUUUUUACUUAAAUGGCAUUAAAAAUUAUUAAAUUGAUGUCUAGAGGCAAUAAAACAAAUUCAAACGGAUCAAAUCACACAUACUACUGUAUUGGUUAAUUAAUUCAAGGCAGGCAGCAGUUGACGAUGCCACGUUUAUUUGGCGUAACCAACAAAGCAACUUGCCAUGACACCACCAUAACUGGCAACUAUCACUACAGAAAAAUAGAAUCUUGGAUUAAACAGUCUUGUGAGCCAAUUCUAAUUCAAUACAGAGUAACAGUUAAUGUAUACUUUUCAAACAUGCUUACAAUGUUGUCUAUACAUGCAGUUAUAAGCUUUUGACUAUAUAUAAUAACUAUGUGCAGUCGGACUUGGGCAUUACAUUUUGUUUUAAGUGGCAUUAAAAAAAGGCAUUAAAAAGUAUUAAAUAGAUGUGCUGAUACCUGCAGAAACCCUGAGAAAUGUAACCCAUUGAAAAUAAAUGAUUCUGUUCUGGGGCCCUAAAAUACACCACAAUUUGAACAUAUAUCAUAAAAUAUGAUACAUUUACUUCUAGCUAAUGAUAAACAAUAUAUAAUUUAAUACAAACUACAGUACUUUUUAUGAAGAACUGUAACAAUAAUGUACAGCAUUUAUUUUUGGAGAGUUGUCUUCUAUAGUAUCUUCUUUGAAGUGUUUCUCUGUCAAACACAUCAGCAACGUAUACAUAUUUUCAUGGGUACAUGUCUGACGUUUAGACAUUACAACGUGCUUGGCUGGCGUAUGGUACAGACUGGCAGGGCUUCACAAACGCUCUGUCAUGUUUUUCAAUGAUUUAUUUCUUUAAUUCACUGAAAUUAUCUACUUCUUUUCAGUCCUUCACACUCACUCACUUCGUCCCCAUUGUUGGAAAUACUAAGUUAUGUUUUGCUAUCUAUUAUCUAUCAAGCUUGCAACUUAACUAACUAGUUGUGGGGAGGCUCGUAACCUGAAGCAUAACAAUUUCUCUAAGGGACAGCUCAAAUCCCUCAAAAAUGUGUGAGCCGAGGCACUGGUAAAUGGAGGUACCACUGUAUUAGCUUUUUUUCACAGCCCUGCAGUCUGUUGUCGUCAGAAUUUGCAUAAUUGCUGAUGAUGCAUUUGCAAAUAAUGACUUUAAAAACACAAAAAGCAGAACAAAUGUUUAAAACUACAAAUGAGAUAUCUUCUGUUGCUGCCUUUUGUCAUUUUUCAAGCCAGCAGUGUGUGUGUGUAUAGUGAAAAGUGGCACCUGGCCAUUGUUGAGAAGAAGUAUGCCUCAACCCAUAACACAUUUAGCUGGAUGAUAUAUUGUUGAUAAAUUAUAUAUAUUGGCAGCAUUAUUUUGAGACCAAAUUAAGCACUAACGUAAUCAUAUUUUUUUAAAUAAUGCAACUACUCCUUUGCAAAUCAAACAACUUUGAAUUCUCAUUAGUUGUUUUUAAAUCAUUGUAAUUGGAAGGCCAAUAACUUUUAAUUAUCCUAUAUAUGUAAACAAACAAAAAAGGACUCUCAAUCGCUGGUAACAAAAACUGCACUUGACGUGAAGUGCGUUUUUUUCCCCCAAGAGUAUUUUGUUUGUUGCCGUCACUUUCCAGCAAAUUUGGCAUACAUGCUCGUUCAUUCAAAGCCAAAAUAUUCCCACACCGGACUUUUGCUUUGCAGUCAUCUUUUUUCCUCAUUACUUUACGGUGCUUCUCACUAACGAGUCGUGACCAUCAAGGCUUUCUGUCUCUGUGUGUGAGCCAUCGGUCGCGCCUCCUCCACCCACACAGACAAAGAUUGUGGUUGAUUGACAAGAGGGUUCACUCGGUUCAUUUAAGUCUAUUGAAUAAAAUCGCUCAGGUGCUGAGAGCAUUGCACAGAGUGAACCCUCUUGUAUCCUCCGAGAGGCGAAGAAAACACACACGAACAAUGAUCAAUAGCAGUAGUUAUUGAGUUCAUUUUCACUUAUCGUUCCAAUUAUUGAUUUAGUCACUAUCGGCCCAGGUGACAGUGACGAGCCAGGUGUGUGGUGUUUUAUGAGCAAGGGCCAACACGUAGUGCCAAAACUUUUCGUAGCAGUCCAAAUUUAUAAGUGAAUGUAUGGAAAACACUGAAAUAAGGCCCUUCAAAUCUGAUCCUUGUCAUUUCCACUGUGUAGGCGUUUCUAAAGUGUUCCAAUUGAGUGCACACUCAUGUGGAUCUCAUGUCCCACGAGUGCACAAGUUCCCUCUGAGCUUGGCUGAGGUUAUUGCACGCAUCCGGAAUCUAACCCACAAAAUGUUGUCUCCAGCACCACGAUAAUAUUGUGACCUUAAUGUGCGCCUUGUGUACAAUAGGAAGGGGAUUUAAAAUGGCCCCAUUCGUCACGGUUUAUCUGACACAUGAAACGUGACAAAUUGAGAUGGCAGUAGUGUUGGAAUAUUUUAAAAUGUGUUUUGUGGCAAUUCCAACUUUGACCACAGUGUCAGUUGCUAGGUAAAGUGGCACUUUCCAUCAUUUACAGCAGGCCGCAUUGCAAAAUGACGCGAGAUCCACCCAGGAAUGGGGCCCAUAUGGAUCCCUUUCCUACUGUAGCUUGCCAACAUGUCCUUUGAUUGUUUGACAUAUUUCUUAUCCCAAGUCAUGAAAAUGUAAAUUUCUGUAGCUAGCUUGUUAAUUUUGGUAUUCAUGUGUAAAUUAUUUGAAUAACCACAACUGGGAUGCUACUUUAGGAAGCUACCUCCUCAGUUGUAGUAAUUAGCAGCAGUCCUUUAAAAGACAUCCUUGACUUCGUUCCUUUUGUUGUCGUCAUUGAUGUUUGUGCUAAUUAUGGGAGGAAUAUGUUAUGUAAACUGUGAUUUUUUUUGUUUUUAGUUUUGUGAAAAAGUUAGGAUAGUCCAUGGUGUAACUGAAUGUACACAAAAGGGUCUAAAUUGGACAAAACAUGCACACCAAGCUGUGUUGCGUGUGCUGAUUUUCCUGUUCUGCGCACUGUAAUUAAAUCCCAAAGUUUUACUGUGAAAUAAUAAAACUCAUGACAUUUAGUACACAUCUUUAAGGGACUGACGAGCACUUGUGUGUAAAAGCUGAGCAAGUUUGAAAAGCAUGACCGUAAAAUACCAAAAACCAAUUGUCCAUAAGUCAUCGACCAUUUUGGAUAAUUAUUUUUACCAUUUUAACACCAUGGGUUGUGCUGAUUUUUCACUAAAAGUAUGCUAAAUUAAUGCAAGACAAGUUCAUUUUUGUUAAUAUUUUUUACUUUUUUUUUUUUUUUUUUUUUUUUACAUCUGAGAUCUUCCCGGGCUGUUUUAUCUGCUCAUGUAGAAAAAAUGUGAAUAAAUCUGGACGAACCCAAACGUUUCUGUGAUU